AUGCAAGAGGAGAGAGUCAAGUAUGCCAACAGCGUACUCACGUCUCGUACACCGUUCGAGGUGGCGGAGAUCGUGCGAAUUAGGCUAUCGCAGGCGAAAAUAAUCAACGGUGAGUUCUACACGCUGUUCAAGGAGCUGUCGGAGCUGAAGAAGAGCUACGUGCAGCAGCUGCGGAAGAUAAUCAUAGUGAAUGAGGACCUUGACAAGCUGGUGUACAAUGGGAUGGUGCAGCGGCAGGUGCUGACGGCGCCGGAGAUGGCGGGCAUGGACUUCGACUGGCUGGGUGAGCUGCGUGGCGUGUGGCAGCAGGUGAUCCGGGGACUGAAGGCAGACAUGCACGCACAGGUGGAGGAAUACAAGGGUCUGGACCGCGACGUGGUGGGCGUGCUGCGGUCGCACGUGGAGACGGACGAGCAUUGGCGGGAAGUGCGCAAGCUGCACCCGAAGCUGAGCCGGAUGGCCGCGGAGAUGGAGGUUUCGCGUUCGACGCCGGAGAAGGUGGCGGCGGCGGAGCGGCAGUGGGUGGAGCAGGCUCCGCGGCUGCUGGAGGUGAUGGAGGCCACUGACGAGAAGCGGCUGUUAGUGCUGAAGAACUGCCUGCUUCAGUACCAGAACCUGCUGGAUGACUCGUUGCAUGCGAACUUGGACGAGAGUGAGAAGGUGAUGGAGCGGCUGCUGGAGUUCACGCCUGACCGGGAGAUCGAUCGCUUUGCGUCGGCGGUAGUGAACUACGACUUUCGCUUCGAGCCGAUGCAGGCCGCGGAAGCCGAUGGCGAAGGCGCUGCUGCCGCGACGCCGGUGGAGCACAGGCUGCGCCAUGUCUCCGGCUCGAGCAUGCUCCGGAACCUGCUUUCGAAUGACACCUUCUCGGACGCCAGCAACAACGUCUCGCUUGUCCCGAGCCGCAAAAGCAAGCUGAAGUCGAAGGUGGGCUCCAUAUUUGGGAGAAGGCGCCACCGGCGGGCGCCUCAGCUGCAGUCUGAGUCCAUCCCUGAGAGCGACACAUCCUCACUACAUAGCCACGGCACCAGCUCCUACCAUGAUUCUGAGUUGUACUCAAAGUCACAUGCGGUCUCCAGCGAAGCAGCAGCUCCGCGCCCUGCCGCCAACUCAAACAACGCGCCUCCCGCAGAGAAGAAACCGGAACUAGAGGCGACGAGGUCCUCCUUCUCUAUUAACCAGGCGCCCUUGGUUCCACAGCCCAGGUCAAAGAAAACACCUGAAAUUAUUGGCGCCAGUAAUGUGCAGGCUAUUACCGAGAAAAGUGGUCCAGCUGACACUGCCGCACCAGCUCAAAAUUUCAUUCGGCAGCGCAGCACUUGGGAUGGUGUGCAGCAGGACCCUACUGCUCUGCACGACGAAACAAACAUUGUAUCUAGCCUUGCUCCAGCUCGGCGCUCUUCAGCCGCUGGUCAGCUCGGCGCCCACUUCUGGAGUCCAGUGCCUGCUAGCCAGGAAGGCCAGAAUGUGCCAUCCUUAGAGGGGGGGAGGCGUGACAUCCACUCUAUGCUGUUCACGAAUUUAUCGAAAGCAGAUAUCGACAAUUCAGUUACCAGACAUGAGUCUACCAAUUCCCAAACUAGCGAAAUGAGGCAGCUGGAACCGCAGCAAACUGGCUCUUCCUUGCUUCUAAUGAAUAUCACAGGCCAGUCAUUGUUUCAACACACGGAACUAACGUCACUAGGGCUUAACGCAAGUAUUGGUGAAGUGAUAAAUGCCAAAUUUAAAGACGGGAUUCUCUCAUCCAGCCAGCUAAUUGGGGAAAUUGCCCUCAAUUACAUUUCCAGUGAUAGUACAGGCAAUAGCCUGCCGCUCGAUAUAAUCCUUAAAAUUGAGUCUGCUGAACAGUUUGAUAAAAUAAUUGUUAACCACACAAUAUUGGAGAGGACGGCCGAUGAAAAUAAUAUAAUCUAUAAGCUUGCUCCGCAGUUUAUCUUUGGCAAAACUUUGGGUGCAUUGAAAUACUCGCUCAAAUCACCACUAGUACCGAUCGCCAUCCACCCAGUAUGGAGGUUUGAGCAGACGCAAGCGAGUGUGAUGCUUACAUUGAAGAUCUUCUCGGGUUUGCCGCCAGCUGUGCAAGAGCUGGUGUUGGAAGAUCUGAUCGUUUCGGUCGCCAUUGAUAAUACCGUGGCGAAGAGUGCUCUCUCAAAGCCGCAGGGCUCAUUCAGUAAGGAAAAACGGCGUAUUACAUGGCGCUUCAAAGAACCACUUGUGCUGAGACGUGACAAUGAGGAACGGCUAGUAGCGCGCUUCCUGACCGAGGGCGUUGCUCAAGAAUCACAGAAGGGUGUUCAGGCCAAGUUUACCAUUCGUGGGCUGCAAUUGGGCGGUGGUUUGGUCCUGAGAAGCCAGGAGGUGACCUUGGAAGAUCCUUUUGGUUCCGAGACAGCGGACAUCUGGAAUGACGUUACAACUUCCCGGACACUGGUUGCAGGCGCAUACUAUGGGCUCUCAACGUAA